AUGUUAUUACGCAACGAGACGGUCGUCAACGGUCCGUUGGCUUACAUCGGCGAGGAAACCGGGUUCGUUCCAUCGAUGCGAGAAAGAUUUUUGGGAUGGAACGUGCCGCCGGAAUACUCGGAACUCGUGCAUCCCCACUGGAGAGGCUUCAUAGCACCUGGAAAAUAUUGGCACAUUGGAGUCGCGCUCAUUUACUUCAUACUGUUAGUCAUGUCUCUCGUAGGGAACUGUUGCGUCGUGUGGAUAUUUAGCACAUCAAAAUCGCUGAGAACGGCGUCGAACAUGUUCAUAAUCAGCCUAGCUAUAUUCGACAUAGUAAUGGCGAUAGAGAUGCCAAUGUUACUGAUAAAUAGCUUCAUGGAACGUAUGAUAGGCUGGGAAAUCGGAUGUGACGUUUACGCGAUUCUUGGGUCGAUUUCUGGCAUGGGACAAGCGAUCACGAACGCUGCCAUCGCUUUCGACAGAUACAGAACCAUUUCCUGUCCGAUCGACGGACGGCUUAACUCGAAGCAAGCCGUGGUUAUCAUCCUUUUCACAUGGUUCUGGGUGAUGCCAUUCAGCGUUUUGCCGCUGGUGAGAGUUUGGGGACGAUACUCUACUGAGGGCUUUCUCACGACCUGUACAUUCGACUACCUCACGGACGACCAAGACACGAAGGUCUUCGUCGUGUGCAUCUUCAUAUGGUCCUACUGUAUACCCAUGAUUUUCAUCGUAUACUUUUAUUCCCAGCUACUCAAGUCUAUUCGCAACCACGAGAAGAUGUUACGGGAACAGGCAAAGAAGAUGAACGUGAAGUCGUUGGUGUCGAAUCAAGACAAAGAGAGGAGCGUCGAGUUGAGAAUCGCUAAAGUGGCGUUCACGAUAUUCUUCCUGUUUCUGAUGGCCUGGACACCGUACGCAACCGUCGCUAUGAUAGGCGCAUUUGGCAAUCGGGAACUUUUAACGCCAGUGUCGACGAUGCUGCCUGCUGUGUUCGCCAAAUCGGUAUCUUGCAUCGACCCGUGGAUUUACGCGAUCAAUCAUCCGAGAUACCGACAAGAAUUGCAAAAGCGAUGCAAAUGGAUGGGUAUCCGCGAGCCGGAAAUAGUUCACGAUACCGCGUCCGCCCAAACGGAGAAGAUUAAAUCGGACGACGCAUAAAUCGACGUUAAAACGAACCGCGAACCACGAUUUUUGAUCGUGAAUCGAGUCGCCCUGAAAAGACCACCACCACCACCACCACCGACACCGCUACUAUUACUAGUGCGAUCUCGAUUCCUCAUUUAUACUAUCGAUUCGCGUAAUCAUUUUACGUAAUUGUGUACGCCCGAUCGUAAAAUACGAUGUACUACUAACUGAUUUUACGCUUGUUAAAGUAUUAUUAAAGGUGAUUACAGAGCAAA